AUGGCGCCAUUGUGGAUGGUGAUGUCUUUAGCGGUUUCUUUAUUUUUAACACCUUUUCUUAUGUUUUUGCUUGCUAUAAUCUUCUUGGCAUCUAUUGGAAAGUCGCUUGGCGUUAGGAGAUUGUACAUAAAAUUGCUGCUAACACUAUUUGAGGUAAGAAACCGAGGGAAUAGUUAUCUGGUUAGAAACACAUUGUGUGCUUAUGGAUUAUUGAAAACACGGGAAGAUUGUAUGAUCUUUCUUUUGAGAAAAAGCAAACAAAAUAUAGAGAAUGUGAAGAAGAAGAACGGUACUUGGAAGCAAAAUGACGAAGACGCAGAUGAGGAAUACGAGUCACGGCACGUCGAGAAGCAGAAUGUGCAAAAUUGGAAAACGGAGAACAUGCAGAAUGGAGUGAGCAGCAACGUUAUAGCCAGAUCAACGGAUUUGAUCUUGGUACCCGAGCCAGAAAUGCAGAAUCAUAAGAAUCAUUUGGAGGAAACGAAGACAGAAAGUUCUCAGACACCUACAGCAGGCGUGAACAAAAAUGAGACCCUCAUGCGUAGAGAUUCGUUUGAAACACUGAAAAGGGAGUUCAAACCUGCAAUCUGUUUGGACUACAUUAAAGCUGGUGUAGAAGCUAUUAUAGAAGAUGAGGUAACGUCUCGUUUCGAAGCAGAAGAAUUGAAGAAUUGGAAUUUAUUGACUAGAACAAAUAGACAUUAUGAGUUUAUCUCCUGGAAGCUGACAGUAAUAUGGAUGUGUGGAUUUGUUAUGCGAUAUUGCUUUCUUCUUCCUUUGAGGAUAUUCAUUUGUUUUAUUGGGGUACUGUAUAUUGUAAUUGCAACAUUUCUUAUUGGCUUCCUACCAAAUGGUUUUAUUAAGAAAUGGACAUACAACAAGGCUAGUCUCAUAGCAUUCAGGAUAAUGUCACAAUCUUUAUCAGCGGCAAUUACAAUUCAUAAUCCAGAGUACAAACCAAAACCAGGAGGACUGUGUGUAGCAAAUCAUACUUCCACAAUCGACGUGUCCAUCUUAUCCACACAGAUAACAUUCUCCUUGAUGCAAAGCUUAUGAUUUACAGGUGAUGUGGCUGACAGCAUGUACAGCAGUAGUCGGCUACGUUCCAGAGGGUAGUUUCAAACGAUGGCUGAAUUACAAAGUCUCCAUAAUGUGCUUCGGUGUAUUGUCAAGUGCACUAUCGUCAGUAAUUACGUAUCAUAAUCCGGAGAAUCGUCCUGUUAGGGGUAUUUGUGUGGCGAAUCAUACUUCUCCUAUAGAUGUUUUGGUACUCAUGUGCGAUAAUUGUUAUUCUUUGAUAGGUCAGAGGCAUGGUGGAUUUUUAGGUAUUCUACAAAGAGCUUUAGCACGUGCUUCACCACACAUUUGGUUUGAACGAUGUGAAGUUAAAGAUAGAGAAGCAGUUACAAGACGAUUAAAAAAACAUAUUUCUGAUCCCACGAAUCCACCUAUACUUAUUUUUCCUGAAGGCACUUGUAUAAAUAAUACAUCAGUUAUGCAAUUUAAGAAAGGAAGUUUUGAAGUUGGUGGUGUAAUUUAUCCUGUUGCAAUAAAAUAUGAUCCAAGAUUUGGAGAUGCAUUUUGGAAUAGUAGUCGAUAUUCCAUGAUACAAUAUUUAUAUAUGACUAUGUCAAGUUGGGCAAUAGUGUGUGAUGUUUGGUAUCUUCCUCCAAUGUAUAGAAACGAGGGAGAGAGUGCUAUCGAUUUUGCGAAUAGAGUAAAAUCUGUGAUAGCAAGACAAGGUGGAUUAGUCGAUUUACAAUGGUAAAAUUUUUUAAAUAAAAAAAAAAUUCGCAUGUUGUUGUUGUUGUUAUUUAUAGAGAGAUAAAUAUAUAAUUAAAUUUUUAGGGAUGGUCAACUUAAACGAAUAAAACCAAAAAAGGAAUGGCGAGAAAAGCAACAAGAAGAAUUAAGUAAACGACUUAAAGUCGAAUAAACUGAAUUCUAGUCGCACUUUCAUGAUCGAUAUAACGUGUGAUAUUUUGCUUAAACGAGAAUAUUUUACCUGAUGUGCUGUUUUAUCUUCUUUAUGGACAUUUAUCUAUGCGAAAAGAGGAUAGCUCGUAUGCAUGAUUUAAUUUGUUUAAUUUUACAAAUGUGAUAUAUUGCGUUAUAUUAGAUUAUUUUUUAUACGACAAAAAAAUAAAUUUCUAUAGUAACAUUUAUUACAAGAAGAUUGUUAUAGUACAAAUAAUUUAUUUUAAUAUUAUGAUUAAAUUUAAAUAAAAUAUCGAUAACUGAAAUAUCGCAAGUAUCACAUUUGUCAAUUUUUAAUACCAAUAUACUAUAAUGAGGCAUUACAAAUCUAUUAUUUAUAUAUAAUGAAGUGUUUAAUAUGGAAUGGUACGUCAAUGAUGUGUGGUUUUUUGUGCGUAUGAUUGUAGCAUCAAAUUCAUCCUAUUUAUAUUGUUACAUUUUUAGAAUCAUCUCAUUAUCUCAUUACUUUGAUACAUAAUUAUAGAUAUUUAAGCCCAUCUGAUAUUCUAUAAAGAAAGUUACACUCUUUUUUUUUCCUUUUUAUAAAAAUAAUAAGAAAAACUACUGUCUUUAUUGUAGAGUAAAAAAUAAAUUAUUUAUUCAUACUUCUCAAAGAAAAAAAUUAGCAUAUAUCAGGGUUGUGCUACUAUACCCAUUCCCUGAAAAUGAUUUAAAAUGCCACUCAUUACAACUGAAAAAUGUAAUUGAAAUAUUUUAUAUUUUUGUAAUUAAUGUCAUUAAAAUUUUUAAAAAUCUACAUAAAUUAUUAUACGAUUAGAAAAAAAUUCAUGCUUAUUGUAUAUUUACAAAGAAAAGUUCUAAUCUUUAUUUAUUGUUGAUAAAAUAUUGAGAAAAUUUUAUUCGCGUUCUAGUUGAUGUUUGGAUUUUAAUUAAAGUUAAUAUUUUAAUCAUUUUAAUAUCUUGUAUUAAUAUUUUUUUAAUUCAAAUAGUAAAGAUUAAUUAAAGUAAUUGAUAAUUGUAUACUUCGUAGAAUGUACUAUAUAUGUUUCAUAUAAAAAUCUUGCAUGCAUUAAUAAAAAUGUAAUCAAUUAUAUUAAAAAACGAAUUAUAUUUAUAGGUUAUUAUGGAGAUUAA